AUGAAAGAACUCUUGUUAUUCUUACUCGCCACAAGUUGGCUAGUUCAAAUUAGUUUUGUAUCCGGCCAAGAAGUAUACUACACUGUUGAAACCAUUGCUGGUACAGGUGCUGAUGGGUUUAACGGCGACGGAAAUUUGGCCAUAAGUACCUCUUUUUGGGACCCUCGUGGUGUUUCCGUUUCACAAUCUGGAGACAUCUAUGUGGUGGAUCUAGGAAACCAAAGAAUCAGAAAAAUAGCUCCAAAUGGAAUCGUUACAACCAUUGCAGGCAACGGUGUGCAAGGGUUUUAUGGAGACGGGAUUCCUGCAACCUUUGCUCAAAUAGCAAAUGCAAGAACAUCGUACUAUGUUGAAGAGACUCAAGAGCUUUAUUUUUCAGAUUGUCUCAACCACAGAGUUAGAAAAAUCAAUGCCUCUGGUAUCAUUUCAACAAUUGCUGGAACUGGUGCACAAGGCUAUACUGGUGACAACAUUCCUGCCAUAAGCGCCACGUUCACUACACCAUGGGGACUUCAUACCUUUGCGUCAGGAGAGGCCUAUGUAGCAGAUGCAGGUAAUCAACGAAUUAGACGAAUUAGAACGGAUGGUAUUAUUGAAACAAUUGCAGGUACCGGCGUGCAAGGAUACGGAGGUGAUGGAGGAUUAGCUCGUGAUGCUCUUUUCUCCGACCCGUUGCAUGCGUUUUAUCAUGUUGGUGAGCUAUUCAUUGCUGACAGUGUUAAUAAUAGAAUUCGAAAAAUUGAUAGAAACGGUUACAUCUCAACCAUUGCAGGUAAUGGUAUCAAAGGACAUACUGGUGACAAUGGACCAGCCACAUCUGCUCAAAUUUCUCAUCCUACCUAUGUGGUAGUUUCUCCUUUCACAGGAGAAGUGUUUUUUGGAGUUACUGGUGCUAUAAGAAAGAUUACCACAGGAGGUAUCAUCAAAACUGUUGCUGGUAAUGGUCAGCCUGGAUUUUCUGGUGAUGGAGGACUUGCAACUGAUGCUCUCAUGGGCUCUCCUUGGGCUUUUACCUUCACUCCGCAAGGAUCGUUAUUGUUUACAGGUAGUAACAGAAUCAGAAGAUUGAACCCUACAUGUUCACCUGGAUUUGCCUUAAAAAGUGAUAAAAGUGGAUGCGAGCCCAUUUGUUUUGGACUUAGCGGAACAAAUGCAUGCUCGUCCAGAGGAGCAUGUACCUCCAGGGACGUGUGCUUGUGCUGUUCAGGAUAUAGCGGAAGUCAGUGUGAGCAUGCUGUUUGUUGGGGCUAUUUACAAAAUGAUACAACAUCUGUGUGUAGUGGUAGAGGUGCUUGUGUGGGUCCAGAUAGCUGUAUGUGUCAAGAUGGAUUUCGUGGUGUUCAAUGUGAAGAAACAUGUUGGGAUUCCAAUUCGAUUGGAGCACCCAAUCCUCAAAUUUCCUCACACGUCGUCGAAGAUGGAAUUCAAUUUUCAUACAACUUUUCUUUGGAUCCCAAUGUGGAAUUCAUUCAUUUAGCAUUGUUAGGAGAUUCUUCUUUUGACACUCAUUCUUGCUCCGUUCAAGGUGGUCAACGAAUGAACUUGACCGUAAUAGACAUGGUGGAACCAUGUCGUCGUGCCUACUCUUCACCAAUAUUUACUUUGGACCAAUUAAUUGAGAACUCAUUGGUGAAAAAGGAAAUGUUGGGGGAUGUGAUCAAGUUAACCAUUCCGUUAUCUCUCUAUUACUUGGAUGAAAUGGGUUUGAACAAUGGCGGAUUUUGUAGAGCGUACCAAUUCACCACUUCACAAAUAGUCUUUAUCAAACUAACAACCACCGUUUUUUCUUCAUUUGACGAGUUUUCCACCUUGUUGCCCUACUCUGUGAAUUUGUAUCCUCAGGAGUUUUCAACCAAUUCCUCAACUGGUGUGUUAAAUGUCAAAAUGGUCCUUAAAACAACAAAUGCCACUCUCCACUCAUUCUCUUUCCAUAACACAACCAAUACUAAUUACAUCUAUCAAGUCAGAGAGAGUACUUUUUGGUAUCGAAAUGCACCAAGUUGGUUUUAUCAAAUCCAGAUGCACUCCAAUACAAAAGUGAGUGAUUUCAGAGCUCUCACCUUUUUCCGAGCAGUGUUAAAGCGAGAGGGAGUGUUGGAUGAGGCCACUAUGUUCAUACCACUCAAAAUCGAUUACAUGCUAGUUAUUGGUCCUUCUGAAAAGAAUUUCACCCUUAAAACCACAAUGUACCUGGCCUCGGGAGAUUGGUCGCCCAAAACAACAUUCAAAUCGGGCGAGAGAGUCUUUGCUCAAGUUCAAACAACUUCAUCCACUCUCGGACCGAAUAACCGUCUCGUUGUGAACGAGGCUUAUUUGUGUUGCUUUAAAGAAUUCAGAGCCACCAUUUCGUAUGAUCCCGAAAACCAUGAAUAUGGAUGUUCUCAAUUCAAUGCUGCUACAAUGGAUGUUUGGAAACCAAUCAUUACGAAUCGAGCAGCCAAUUCUGAAGUUGAAACUAUUUUGUAUCCGUUUCCUGGCGUGAAUGCGUUGUAUGGCUUUUCAUUCCGACUUAUACCUUCCAUGUUCCCAUACAAGUAUUCGAAUACUUCUAGCUCGUGUUUUGUUCAAUCAAACACUGGACUGAACGUCGUGUUGAAUCCUUCUCGAAAUGUGAGAGCAGUAACAGACACCGGUGUUUCCAGCAGUUUGUUUGUCGUUCAAGUGGAACCAAGAAUUAUUACUGCUAGUUCCGAUGUUGCAUCUACUUUAAGGACGCCUUUAAUUGGUAUUACUUGUUUCAUUACCAUGUUCUUUUUACUCAUUCUAACAAUUUUUCAAUAG